GAAUUUCAGGAGCUUCCCAGGAACUUUCAAGAAAUGUGUAGGCUCGCGUGUGAGGGGAGGAGCAGAUGCUCCCGGUAACCCCUGCGGACUGGAUUCUAAACCCGGCACCGGCGAAAACCUGGAUCAAGGAUCGCUGGGCCUGGGCGUGCGGAGAGUUUUCCCCCCUUUCCCAAACCUCCUUUCCGAGUCUUCGCCCCAGCUCGGGCAGGGCGCAAACUGAAAGUGGAAAACCGCGGGGCUCUCGGCCGCGGAGCGAGCCUCCUACCCCAAGACAAGAGAGAGGGAGAGAACACACACGGGGGAUGUACACUCUGCGCUCGGUGUGGAGCCCAACACAGAGCUUGGUCUCACAACCCUGAGAUCGUGACCUGAGCCGAAACCAAGAGUCAGAAGCUUAACCAACCGAGGCACCCAGGUACCCCAAUCAUGAAUUUUUUGAUGCCUUCUGGUUUGAAGAAUCUCCAGCUGCUCUGUUGAUAGGUUAAGAAGACUGUAUACUGUUCCCGCUCGAUGCCAAGCCAGGCCCCUGCAGAACCUGGGAUCUCAGUCCUUCAUGGAGACCAAGUCCCAGCAGGAAUGACAGUGGAAGAAAUUUGCACCCAGAUGGUUCCUCCACGUGAAGUUGUUUUGGGCUGUGGGCCGACUCGAGCACACCUGGUAACCAGGCUAGCCCUCUGUCAGUCACCCAGGGCCGGGCAGCAUGGUGUGGAUUCAGAGGAGGAAGCUUUUGGCAUCUUGCCUAUGCAUCCCAGCCUCCGUCUUUCUGCUUGUCACACUCCAGGUAGUGGUUGAACUGGGAAAAUUUGAAAGGAAGAAGUUUAAAAGUUCCAAUUUGCGAGAUGGACAGGCAAAGAUGGAAGAGGAGCCUGCGCAUCUCUAUCCACUCCCUGGAAAAGAAGCACUGACCUUGGAUAGGAAAACCCAGCUGGAAACUGAUAGCUACCCCAUCAUGCUCUGGUGGUCCCCACUGACUGGGGAGACUGGAAGACUCGGCCAGUGCGGGGCAGAUGCGUGUUUCUUCACCAUCAACCGGACCUUCCUACAUCAUCCCAUGACCAAAGCAUUCCUCUUCUAUGGCACUGACUUUAAUAUAGAUAGCUUACCUCUGCCUCGGAAAGCCCAUCAUGACUGGGCCCUUUUUCACGAAGAGUCUCCAAAAAACAAUUAUAAGCUCUUCCACAAGCCAGUCAUCACCUUGUUCAACUACACUGCCACGUUCAGCCGGCAUUCCCACUUGCCCCUGACCACCCAGUACUUGGAGGGUGUAGAAGUCCUGAAGUCACGCCGAUACCUGGUCCCUUUGAGGUCCAAAAACAACCUUCGAAGAAGACUUGCUCCACUGGUGUACGUCCAGUCAGACUGUGACCCGCCGUCAGACAGGGACAGCUAUGUUCGAGAGCUGAUGACUUACAUCGAGGUCGAUUCCUAUGGUGAGUGUUUACGAAACAAAGAUCUCCCUCAGCAGCUGAAAAAUCCAGCCUCUAUGGAUGCCGAUGGCUUUUAUAGGAUCAUCUCACAGUAUAAGUUUAUUCUUGCCUUUGAGAACGCAGUGUGUGAUGACUACAUCACUGAGAAGUUCUGGAGACCUCUGAAACUGGGGGUGGUCCCUGUGUAUUAUGGAUCCCCCAGCAUUGCAGACUGGCUCCCGAGUAAUAGAAGUGCUAUUCUCGUAUCAGAAUUUGCUCACCCUAGAGAACUAGCAAGUUACAUCAGACAACUGGAUCAUGAUGACAGACUAUACGAGGCCUACAUAGAAUGGAAGCUGAAGGGUGAGGUCUCUAAUCCGCGACUUCUUACAGCACUCAGGGAACGGAAAUGGGGAGUGCAAGAUGUCCACCAGGACAACUACAUCGAUGCAUUUGAGUGUAUGGUCUGCAGCAAGGUGUGGGAUAAUAUCCGGCUUCUGGAAAAGGGUUUACCACCCAAAAGGUGGAAGGCUGACGUGACACACCUGAGUUGCCCGGAGCCUGCGGUGUUUGCUUUCUCAUCUCUGGCUCCACGUUGGAGCUCUUUGCGGGACAUGUGGAUACCAAGCUUUGAGCAAUCCAAGAAAGAAGCCCAGGCACUAAGGUGGCUGGUUGAUAGGAAUAAAAAUUUUUCAGCUCAAGAGUUUUGGGCCCUGGUAUUCAAGGACUAAUUUCUACAAGUGUCAGAAUGAUAUAGACUAGAGCUCUCCUGAGGUUUAUUUUCUAGGUUGCCUUAAUACAUGACUAUCAUAGCUACUUUGUUGACCCUCCUUUAGGAUAAGAAGUACUUGCUGCAGUACUCAUAAUGAGCCCUCUCAGAUAAUGGAUGUGAAUUGCCCUUAGGGGUCACCUCUAUAUUUUUUAUACUAAAAAAGUAAGUAUUUCUUAUGGUCACCUUCCAUUUACAUGUCUGGACCCAUGUACCUGCCCCCUUUUGUGGAAAUUCGGCUAAUGUGGAGUGAGUGCUUCCCUCCCUGCAAGCGAGGCAGAGGGCGGAGCUGUGGAUUCUUGAUACUCACCUCACUGUCUGCAGUUUAUUAGUAUUUGGCAAGCCCAGUGUCCUGAUGCUGAGCACGAACGUGAAAUGCAUUAGAACUUGGCAAUGAGAGAUUCCAUCUGUUGGUUUCCAGGGAUGUAAGUGAGUAAUAAAAGCUGUGUGAAUUUUA